UUUACAUGUCAGAGGAGGUGGGGUAAAGGACAGAGUUUGUGUUGGGGGGAGGGCAGAUUUCACUGUGUGUCCUAUAAGAGUAAAGAGCCACAGCGAUCUGUACUGGAUAAAAGUGUUUUUUCCUCCCAGGACUUCUCAAAUACUGAAUGUGAGCAGUGAGCCACACACAAACAGCAGCAGCAGCCAUGAAGUUUCAAGCUCUUUUCUUCCUUCUGCUCCUAACCUGCAUGUACGAGAGUCUGGCACAAGGCUCCUAUAGCAACUGCUGCCUCGGGCAAGUUCAGAGGAUGAGGGCUAAAGCAAAGGCAAAUAUCGAAAGUUACAGGAUGCAGGAAACAGAUGGGGAUUGCUACAUCAGAGCUGUUGUGUUUCUGAUGAAGAAGAAGCCGUCACAUAAUAAACAAAGGACUGUCUGCGCCAAUCCAAACGAUUCUUGGGUCCAGGAGCUGAUCAGGACCAUGGAUGUGCAAGUGCAGAAUUAGACCAGUGAAAGGGGAAAAGAAGAAGACAGAACGGGGGAGAGGAGAGCAGCUGUUCUUAUAUAACCGAGAACUGUUUGUUGUAGGUUUCAGUAGAUGAGCUAUUUCCUGUUUCUAAAAGAAAAAUGUAUCUCUUGUAAACAGAUAACUAUUACGCAAACAUAUAAUCUGCUGAAAAUUGGAGCCAUUAUUUCAAAUUUCAUGUAAAUGAGCCAGUGCUGUUCACUGCUCUGUGAUAAGUAGCGCCUGGUACCAAUGAGCCACUAUUAGGCAGCUAGGGAACGUAUAAGUGUAUAUGGGCCUGUGUAUAAGUGUGUGUGCAUGUUCUGAGUUUUUUUUAUGAAACAGAAGAGAUAUUUUUGUAUCAGCAGUCUCCUUUUGCUUUGUGUGUCCCAAUAUCAAAUAAAGAAAAAAUAUAAAAUA